AGGAGGCGGGAAGAGCGCAGCACUUCCGCUGGCUGGCUGACUGGCUGGCUGCUGGAGCGGGCGGCAGAGGGAGCGGAGGGAGCGCGCGGCCCGGGGGACUCACAUUCCCCGGUCCCCCCUCCGCCCCACGCGGCUGGGCCAUGGACGCCAGAUGGUGGGCAGUAGUGGUACUCGCCACACUCCCUUCCUUGGGAGCAGGUGGAGAGUCACCCGAAGCCCCUCCGCAGUCCUGGACACAGCUGUGGCUCUUCCGCUUCUUGUUGAAUGUAGCGGGCUAUGCCAGCUUUAUGGUACCUGGCUACCUCCUGGUGCAGUACUUAAGACGGAAGAACUACCUGGAGACAGGCAGGGGUCUCUGCUUCCCCCUGGUGAAAGCCUGUGUGUUUGGCAAUGAGCCCAAGGCUCCUGAUGAGGUUCUCCUGGCUCCGCGGACAGAGACAGCGGAAUCCACCCCGUCUUGGCAGGUCCUGAAGCUGGUCUUCUGUGCCUCGGGUCUCCAGACACAGUUUCUCUGAGUGGCUCUGGCUGUCCUGAAACUUGCUCUCAAUACCAGGCUGGCCUCAAAUCCAAACGCCUCUGCCUCCAGAGUGCUGGACAGAGUGGGUUAAAGGCAUGUGCCACCACCACCCAAUGCAAGCCUUGAACUUUCAACCCUCCUGCUUCUUCCUUCCAAAUAGCUGGGGUGACAGCGUGUACCACCAUGCUUGGCUUUCUCCAAAAUUUUGUCAGUAGGAUUUCUUUGAGUGAGGCUAUCACAGGGCAUUCAGAGUGGGAGCCAACUCACCUUAGAUAUAUGUUGAAUUGAAGUGUCCAGCCACCCCCACCCCCAGCUUCCAAACAUCCCAGUUUCUUUUUGAGUUAGUUCAAACUAAAUAAAACUCUUUAUAUGGUAUGUGGAGCCAGCUCUAAUGGAUUUGCAUCAUGAAAGAGGACAGUGUUUGGUCUUAAAGCAGAUGUCAUGGUGUCUGCAACUCCAUUUGAUUCCCCCAUAAAAUGAGCUAAAGCUUGGGAAAGAAGGCCCCUCCCUCAGAGGAACCAAAAGUAUGGUGUCAGUUACAUCUGAUGCUACCAACUCUGAGGAAGUAGGAAACAGACUUCUGCCUUUCCUUCUAUACUGUCGCUCUUCUCUGCCCUCCCUCUUCCAGGUGUCCUAUCUGACUUGGGGCAUACUGCAGGAAAGAGUGAUGACUGGCAGCUACGGGGCCACAGCCACAUCACCAGGAGAGCAUUUCACAGACUCCCAGUUUCUGGUGCUGAUGAACCGUGUGCUGGCGCUGGUUGUGGCAGGCCUCUACUGUGUCCUGCGCAAGCAGCCCCGUCAUGGUGCACCCAUGUACCGGUACUCCUUUGCCAGUCUGUCAAAUGUGCUUAGCAGCUGGUGCCAGUAUGAAGCACUUAAGUUCGUCAGCUUCCCUACCCAGGUGCUGGCGAAGGCCUCCAAGGUGAUCCCUGUCAUGAUGAUGGGAAAGCUGGUGUCCCGGCGCAGCUAUGAACACUGGGAAUACCUGACUGCCGGCCUCAUCUCCAUUGGAGUGAGCAUGUUUCUUCUAUCCAGUGGACCAGAGCCUAGAAGCUCUCCAGCCACCACACUCUCUGGCUUGGUCCUACUGGCAGGCUAUAUUGCUUUCGACAGCUUCACCUCAAAUUGGCAGGAUGCCCUGUUUGCCUAUAAGAUGUCAUCGGUGCAGAUGAUGUUUGGGGUCAAUUUAUUCUCCUGUCUUUUCACAGUAGGCUCACUACUGGAACAGGGGGCCCUACUGGAGGGGGCACGCUUCAUGGGGCGGCACAGUGAGUUUGCGCUCCAUGCUCUCCUCCUCUCCAUCUGCUCCGCCUUUGGGCAGCUCUUCAUCUUCUACACCAUUGGACAAUUUGGAGCUGCUGUCUUCACUAUCAUCAUGACUCUACGCCAGGCUAUUGCCAUCCUCCUCUCCUGCCUCCUCUAUGGCCAUACUGUCACUGUGGUGGGGGGACUGGGAGUAGCUGUGGUCUUCACUGCCCUCCUACUCAGAGUCUAUGCCCGGGGCCGGAAGCAGCGGGGAAAGAAGGCUGUGCCCACUGAGCCCCCAGUACAGAAGGUGUGAGCAGUGCAGUAAAGACCCUCAUCUUCUGAGGCACUGGCUCAGUAUCAGCAUACAGCAGAGGAUUGGAGCCCUGGAGGCAGCCUCUUUUGCCUUAAGAGCCCCCACUUCAUGGAAAUGACAGCUGUGGGUGUUUGGUUAGAGGUGACCCAGAGCUCCUCCCCCAAUCUCUGAAAUCUUGCUGGUGGCCAAGCAAACCAGCACCAGGGCUUUGCUCAUAGCACGCACCCUUGAGGCUACCAGGCACCAGCUGGGAAGAGAAUUGUUUACAGGUCAUGCAGUUCCCCUAGGGGCCAGUGAGAAUGGUGCUGUGCCAGAAGGGACAAAGGCCCCCAGCCCAGUUGGGGCCCCAGUGUUCCUACCCAAGUUUUGGUACUUGGAAAUGUCACCUUUUGCUCUUAUUUGAUUAAACUGCAGCAGUGACUUUGGA